AUGGGCGUCGCCACCGAGACCGCCGGCGAGAAGACUCCCAUACUCCCCCAACACGAAUCCCUCCAUCCCAGUACCACCAAAUCCCAAAGCAACCGCAACACAUUCCCUGCGCACCUCCGCAACAAACGAAUACUCCUCGCCACCGAAUCCCUUGGCCCAGUCAACGGCGUCAGCCGCACAACCCGCAGCCUAAUCGAGUACCUGCGCGCCAAUGGCGCCAACGUCGCCGUCGUCGCGCCACGGCUCGACAACGAGAAGCGCUUUAACCUCGGCAGCCUUGCAUCCGCAAACGUGCGCCUGAACGGCCAGCCCCUCCCAUAUAAUCCAGACUUGACUGUUGUCCACCCCUUCCGCUAUGACCGUCUAUGCACACGCACGUUCAAGCCCGAUCUCGUGUACCUCGCCAGCCCAGCCUCGGUGGGCUUUCAGUUCCUGCUUCAAAUCCGCCAGCUGCAGGAGCCACCUGCAGUAGUGUGUAAUUUCCAAACCGACCUCUCCGCAUACAGCGAAAUCAUCUUCCCACCAGGCAUGGACAGGUUCGCGGUUUGGCUGUUGGGAAUGGUCCAGGGCUUCCUCUUUAACCACCGCUCCGUCUAUACCAUCUUCUACCCCUGCUCGGACAUUCGAAAGUACCUGGAGAAAGUAGGCGCACCACAGUCAAAACUCGCUCAGCUUGGACGCGGCGUCGACACUGUUCUCUUCAACCCCAAACACCGCGAUGAAGCCUACCGGAGACAACUCGCGCCCAAUGGCGAGAUAAUCCUAACCUGCAUCUGCCGCCUCGCCCCAGAGAAGGGCUUCAAGUUCCUCGCCGAGGCCGCGGUGCGACUAUCACAAGCUGAUCUGCCCUUCAAACUGCACAUCGUAGGCGGCAACCGCAACCCGGCGGUUGAGCGGGACGUCCAGCGCUAUUUCGACAAAGUCAAAGACCGCGUAAUCUUCUCCGGCUUCCUCACCGGCACCGACCUCGCGCGAGCGUACGCCGCAGCGGACCUCUUCCUGCACUGCUCCAUCACCGAGACCUUUGGUCUAGUCGUGCUGGAGGCAAUGGCGAGCGGCAUGCCCGUAAUCGCGCGCGACCAAGGCGGCCCGUCUGAGAUCGUCAGAGACGGAAAGACAGGCUACCUCGUCCCGCCGAACGACCUGGACGAGUUCGUGGAGCGCACGCUUCUCCUCUCCCGCAACCACAUCCUCCGCGCGGAAAUGGCGGCAGCAGCGCUAAUCCAAGCAAACGACACGACCUGGGACAAAAUCAACCAGCGCGUAGCGUGGAAUCUAGCUGAUGGGAUCGAGUGGAAUGCGGCACAGCAGCUUGAACGAAGACGACCGAUACGGAACUGGCUGUACAGGCGGUGGCACCAUCUGAAGCUGGUAUUGGUGCUGCCGUUGUUGCAGCUGCUGAAUCUACAUGCGGCGAUUGGGGUGGUGUGUUUGUUCUGGAUCAUUGCGGUGUUGCCGUUGAUGGUGCAUGGCAAUAGUAGAUUCUUCUCGGGGUUGGGCUUGAAGAGCGUGUUGAGUGGCGUGAGAGGCUGGAUGGUCCGAGCGAGUCUGCCAUUACCGAAGCGUUAA